UGGAUGUGGUCACACGUAAACAAUGGAGCCAUUUUUGCCGGGUGGUCUGCCGGUUAAUGAUUUCUUCUUUUUUCUAUGGUUCUGAACAUAUUACGACCGAGGGAUUUCUCUUUCCACUACUAGCAUGGACAUCCUCAGUAACCAAGAAUAUGACGAAGAGUAUCACUCCAAGAUGAAAGAAAUCAUCGACAGGUCGGCCAAAAUCAACCUGGCUUUGAAGGAUGGCGAUGAGUCCGAUGAUAUCAAACCACAACUCAGGCGAAGUUUAUCGACGAGCAGUUCUCGUAGGAAACAUGGAGGACGCCAUUCAUACUAUGAGCCAUCUGCACAGAGCGAUGAAGACCGAGUUGAACGGAAACCAUUACGACGACGAAGCACCAGUCGACGGCGUAAGGGAGAUAGUUCGGACUGGAAGGUGACAAGACAUAGUCCGUCGGCAUGGGGGCAUAAUCAUCCUUUUGGUGGUAUGGAUAAGGGUAUGCCUAUGUUCGAUCCGUAUGGUGGUCCUCACACGAUACCCUAUGGCAUGCCGUGGAUGGGUGAUGUAGGUCAAGCUGACUCACACUACUUGGAUGAAGCUUCUGCAAUGAUGGGAUACUAUGGUCCCCACCCACAUCAUCCUCCGGGACUAAUGUUCCAGCCACCAGACCUUGUACCACAGGAAUACCCAGAACUCUAUGGUCUUCAUCAUGGCCCUCCCCCUCCUUUACAUCACCCACCACACCACCAUGCUCCACCUAUAGGGAUACCCCACAUGCUUCCAAUGCAUGCCAUGAUGUUAGAAACCACCACCAUAUCUAGUCCAAUGCUACAUCCUGCGAUGCUUCCACAACACCUGCCUAUGGAUCCGAAACUCGAUCCCGGAUCAGAUGUCAACAACCAUGACCCAUCGGUAUCCCACAUGCAAUCACCUCGCAUGUCUGCUCGACAGAAUCCAGCGGUGGGCCAACUAGAAUGGAAAUGGUGUUUCCAAACGGUGUCUGACGAACACGGUGAACAAUGGAUGGCGUUUGAUGACAAUGUUCAAUUAUUGCUGCAAGAUGGCGGUAUGGAUGAUCAGGCCGCUUAUGAAGUCUUCGACUCGCACAUUGAACGAGGUAGGAAAAGAAUCAUUGUCCUGCCUCAGCGACAGUACUGCUUUUAUCGCCUGCAUGGAAAGAUGAUCAAGAUACCUGUUAGUCUACGUAAAAUGACCAAUAGCCCCCACUGAGCGAUAGGCCGCCACCGUGCUAUAGAGGCAGCAUAGUGGUCAACCUAGAAGAAUGGGGCAUACCACAGGUUUAUGAAUAUAUAAAAAGCCUUCAUUGUAUAAACAUAUUUAUCCAUAAUUACCCACAAACAAUACACGGCGAUGCCAGCAACGCACAUACCUCACCUAACCCCGAUCCCAUUGUUUGAGUUUGUCCCGAAGGUU